GUCUUACUUCACAAAUAUUUUCUGUGAUGUUGUGAAAGGACGUCGAAGGUUUUUAAAAAUGUUUGCGCUUAAAAAAUUAUCUUGCAAUAACACAAAACAAUGAGAACAUUCGUUAUUUAUUGAACACGGUUAUUUUAGUGUGGUGUAAAAUGAAAGUUGUUGAAGCUAAAAUUGUUGUAUUGGGUUCGCAAGGUGUAGGCAAAACCAGCCUGGUGGUGCGGUACAUAGGCAAGAUGUUCUCUAAGCACAUCUCACCAACUAUAGGAGCUUCGUUUUUCACCUGCAACAUCAACCUGGAAGACGCCAGGAUAAAAUUACAGGUGUGGGACACAGCGGGCCAGGAGCGGUUCCGCUCGAUGGCGCCCAUGUACUACAGGAACGCCAACGCAGCGCUGCUUGUGUAUGACAUCACCAGCGCCAACAGCUUCGCCGCCAUCAAGGGCUGGGUCAAAGAGCUGCAGAGCAAUGUCCCCGAGCCCAUGGUCCUAUCUUUAGUCGGCAACAAGUGCGAUCUACAAGAAAGCCGAGCGGUGACGCAGAGCGAGGCGGCGCAGUUCGCCGCGUCCAUCGGCGCCGCCUACUGCGAGACGUCCGCCUUGCAUGACCAGGGGAUCGACCAAGUGUUUCUCAACACGGCGAGUGAACUGUUAAAGAUGUCUUCAUCAAGUCUCGUGUCGUCUCUGAGAUCUUACGACUCUACGGAUACUGACGAAAAGCUGCCUAUAGGAACCCCUACAGAAGAGAAAGCUACUCACACGGGGAAAGUGGAACUACCCGCGUUGAACGCUGACGUGAAACUCGGGGAAUUACAGAAGAGCUUGUGUUGCUAGCGUGAAUAUAUUAAAAAUUUGCCCAUUAAUGGGGAAUUUUUUUAAGGACAUUACUGAAUCAAUUAAAUUUUCAUCGUUCUUCCGUCCAUCUGAUAUUAAUUAGAUGAGAGUGACUGUUAGAUUAAAGUUGAUUCCAACAAUUACUUGAACAUUGUUUUUUAGAGAUUUUAGAGAUUUUAAGUUUACAUUUAAAAGCUAUAGAAAUUGCUAGAUACUUUGUAUUAUUAUUGUACAAUUUUACAAUGUUAUUAAGGACAAGGUUAAAGAAUAUAAUUUGUUUUUUUAUUAAUUUUGGAUAUGAAACAUCUAUUGGCGCGUGUUGCUAGUAAAAUCGACUUUGAUACUAUGACGACUAACUUUGCUAGUGAUGGCAACGCUAUGUCGCCGAUCGAUUUUUAUUAGUAGGUAUUUCUAUAUAUGGACAAGAAUAAAUGUUUCAUAUUUACCGUGCAUCCCAUGAUGGCCUAUUUUUAGGGUUUCAGUUUUAAUUAAUGUAUGUGUAUCUAUUUGCAAUAUUGCUGUGUUUUACUUGCCGUAAUACUAAAACAAAUAAAUUGUUUUAAUUAACUUUCUUUGUAUCUUGCCAUAAAAUUUUCUGAUAGGGGAAUAUAUAGUUUUUACUGUUUAUAAUAUUAAAAUGAAAUGAGUAAUUAUUUUGUUUAUGUAAUUGUUAAUUUAAAAAAAAAUCCCCAACCAGAAAAUUUUAAAGAUAUGGGGCUCUGUUGGUGAUGGAUAUGUCACAAUUUGACAUCACAAGAUAUAAGUAAUUUUGCACUUGUGUGCCAAUACUCUGACUUAUUGUUUUGUUGUCAUGGUUACGUUAUAGUUUGUAUAGUUUUGUGCUCAAACGGGCGGUAUCUUUAGAAUUAUAAUUUAUAAACUUUCGAAUUAUACAGGGUGCUCGGGAGUAUUUCCCGGUUAUAUUUUUUACCGAGAAUUAAUUAAAAAAAGUUAAAAAUGGAUUGUACAUGUAUUCUAAAAUUAAAAUUUUCGGGGUAAAUAUAUAUUUUUUUGUAAAUAGAUCUUAAAAUGUGCCCCUUAUAAGCAUCCUUAUAAUUAUGACGUAGCCAAAUUUUACUUAGGUUGUGGCACUAAAAGCUGAACGGACCCCAAUAGAUGAAUGUUUUUGCUAAAAUCCCGAAAAAUAAAAUAAAUUAGGUUACUUACGCGUGUACAUAAAUCACAACACAGCAAUGUUUUCACUUAUGGUUUUUGUUUAAUUAACUGAAAACGGAGGUAUAUUAGAAUAAACUAGCUGAAAACCGCGACUUUGUCUGCGUGAAUUUUGCUUUUCUCGCGUUUCAUUCAAAGUUGACCAAAACGCUUAAACGUUCAUCUUUUGGUGCAACUACCCUAUUUUAAAAUGUAAGAAUAGAUAAUGGCGUGUGUUACAUGAAUAGUCGGAAUUAUUUGAAUUACUUUGUAUGAAAACAAAAAAGUUUUUAUUUUAUAGUUAAAAAAAAAAAUUAUUACGCAGUUCGGCUCCUAUAGUGGACUCAUCAACUCCUAGAAGAUAAAGGAUUUCUCCUUAUGGAAAAUACCCCCGAGCAUCCUGUAUAUAAGUUUCAACUAUUUCUGUUAAUUUCGAAGAUUUGUCGAUAAAAUAACCGACACGAACGUACGUCACCACUAUAUUCCGUCCUGCGGCCUUAUUAUGUAUCUCAGUGUCCCAUUCGAACAACGAGUCACUACAUCGAUUUUCGUCGUAUUUUCGUUUUUGUGAUCAUCUAAUAUAGUUAUUUCUACGAACUUACCUUGACUACGUAAUUUUUCAUCAAGUGGCAAUGAUGUUUUGUUUUAACAAUCGUCUUAUAUGAAUAUUUGAACAAAAUAACGUAAAUAUCAGUUUUUCGUUAAAAUAACGUAAAUAUCAGUUUUUCGUUAAAAUAACGUAAAUAUCAGUUUUUCGUUAAAAUAACGUAAAUAUCAGUUUCUCGUUAAAAUAACGUAAAUAUCAGUUUCUCGUUAAAAUAACGUAAAUAUCAGUUUCUCGUUAAAAUAACGUAAAUAUCAGUUUCUCGUUAAAAUAACGUAAAUAUCAGUUUUUCGUUAAAAUAACGUAAAUAUCAGUUUUUCGUUAAAAUAACGUAAAUAUCAGUUUUUCGUUAAAAUAACGUAAAUAUCAGUUUCUCGUUAAAAUAACGUAAAUAUCAGUUUUUCGUUAAAAUAACGUAAAUAUCAGUUUUUCGUUAAAAUAACGUAAAUAUCAGUUUCUCGUUAAAAUAACGUAAAUAUCAGUUUUUCGUUAAAAUAACGUAAAUAUCAGUUUCUCGUUAAAAUAACGUUAAUAUCAGUUUCUCGUUAAAAUAACGUAAAUAUCAGUUUUUCGUUAAAAUAACGUAAAUAUCAGUUUUUCGUUAAAAUAACGUAAAUAUCAGUUUUUCGUUAAAAUAACGUAAAUAUCAGUUUCUCGUUAAAAUAACGUAAAUAUCAGUUUUUCGUUAAAAUAACGUAAAUAUCAGUUUCUCGUUAAAAUAAAGUAAAUAUCAGUUUCUCGUUAAAAUAACGUAAAUAUCAGUUUUUCGUUAAAAUAACGUAAAUAUCAGUUUUUCGUUAAAAUAACGUAAAUAUCAGUUUCUCGUUAAAAUAACGUAAAUAUCAGUUUUUCGUUAAAAUAACGUAAAUAUCAGUUUCUCGUUAAAAUAACGUAAAUAUCAGUUUUUCGUUAAAAUAACGUAAAUAUCAGUUUUUCGUUAAAAUAACGUAAAUAUCAGUUUCUCGUUAAAAUAACGUAAAUAUCAGUUUUUCGUUAAAAUAACGUAAAUAUCAGUUUUUCGUUAAAAUAACGUAAAUAUCAGUUUUUCGUUAAAAUAACGAUACUACCUGCUACUAUCAAUAAUAGACUGACGGCCUCCGUGGCGCAGUGGUAUGCGCGGUGGAUUUAAUGACGGAGGUCCUGGGUUCGAUAUAGAACCCGAAAGGAGUGUGGAUUUUCAUCCUCCUCCUAACAUGUUAGCCCGCUUCCAUCUUAGAUUACAUCAUCACUUACCAUCAGGUGAGAUUGUAGUCAAGUGCUAACUUGUUAAGAAUAAUCAAAAAUCAAAUCAGACUAAUGUUGCUUUACGUAAAAUGACGAUUAUUGUAUUGUGUCAUUUCGUUGAAAACACAAUGUUAGAUGAUGAUGAUGAUGAUGAAUGAUACACCGAGUUACAUAAUAGCCCUGCUGAUCACACUACAUAAUACAGCACCGUCCGCCAUAUUAGCUCUGUAUCAUACAUAAUUUUCAAUUUCUAAUAUUUUUACCGAAAUCUCUCAUACACCGAAUUUAUGUGAUUUUUAAUGACGAAAUAUUGUUAAUGGAAUAUUGUUAUAAUAAUUAAGAAUUUUGAUAUUAUUAUUGUUAUUACUUACCUACUACUUAAAAGACACUACUUUUGUAUUUCUUGGAUAUAUUGUGAUAUUAAAGAAAUUAAUAUUUUGA